CCCUCCCGGGGAGGUUUCUAAGCCCCGCGGCCCCGACCCCGCCGCCCUGCUGAAUAUUUGAUGGGCGCUGCCCGCCGGGACGCCCCGCCGCUGACUGCUGCAAAGGGAACCGCAUCCCGCCGCCGCCGCUGCUCUCGCUGCUUCCUGCCUUCCUUCCUCUGGCACUCUUCCAACCGCGGCUUUGCAUUUAUUCCGAUAAAUGAAUAACUGAUUACAAAGAAAUAAAAGAAGAAAGCAAAACAAAACAAAACAAACAGCAAGAGCAUCCCUUUUGUCUCUGAGCAGGUGGGACUCCCGCGCAGGCGAUCACAAACCCAGGCAGGGCUCUGAACUCUUCGGAGCCCCAAGGAUGAGCCGGCAGCAGUUCUCCUAUAAAAACCCGGUCCCGGGGCUGUGACACACUCGGAGGAGGGAAGGCGUCGGCAGCUUCGCCGGAGACGUCCCUGCCUUGGACAUCACGAAUCCUCCUUGGCAGAGGGGAAGCCGAGAGACUCGUCGCUCCAAGCGCGCCGCGGCUUCUGCCGGCGCCCGGCUCUUCGGGGCCGCGGUCGGGCGGCGCGGGGAGGGGGGCGGCUGCCACCGCGCCUGCCACCGCUCCACCGCAAACUUUCUUCCCGCGGCCGCAGCCCCAGCCGCGCCGCGCAGCCGAAGUGUCCCCAUGGCCGCUACUGUCACUGCCGCCGCCGUCCUGGGGCAGCCUUGAGCCGGGGCGCGGCGGCCGCCUGCCAGGAUCGCCCUGCAGCGCGGCGGGAUGUGGCCGGCCGGGGCGGGCGGCAGGUUGCCCUGCCCGCGGGAGGCAGCCUUGAGGCGGGCAGCUUUCUCCGGUAACCUUUCGGCGCUGCCGUCCCACCUGGUACCGAGCGGCAGAAGCGUCCGCGUCUUCAUCAGCGCCAACCCCGAAGAUACAAUAGCUGAGAGGAGUGCCCUAAGAGAACAUGUGUAUCCAAAGCUGAGAGAAUUCUGCAGGGAAAACUAUGGUCUGGAAUUUCAGGUCAUAGACUUAUACUGGGGAGUUGAAGCAGAUGAAUGGGACAGUCCUGAGCUGCAGAAGACUCGAAUGAAGCUGUUAGAAGAUUGCUUGAAAAGUUCUGCAGGUCCAUGUUUUGUUGGCCUGUUGGGAGAGAAGUAUGGGAACAUCCGAAUCCCAGGGGAGGUUGAGUCAGCAGAAUUCGAAAUGAUCCUGGACGCUGCUGUAGAAGCCAAGCUAGAGACAAGGGUUUUAGAGGAGUGGUACUGCAGGGAUGAGAACGCGGUGCCACCAGCCUAUUACCUCAGACCAAAAUCUGAAAUGCUGAAGAACUACCAGAACACGAUGGAGUCCUCUUCAAACUCCAUGGCUGAGACCAAAUGGCAAGACAUAUCGGAAGAGAUUAAGAAGAUUUUUAAGACCUCUGUGAAACUGCUGUAUGAGAAAGGAAAAAUGAAACACAGCCAAGCAAAGAGAUACCUUUCCUCUGCUAUUGAGGAUGAACUCGAUUUUGCCUUGGGUAAACAAACCCCAGCUUUCCUAAAGAAGUGCGUUUGCUACAUUCGGAAAAUUGCCAACAUCGAGCGGUUCGUUAAAAUUCCGGAGAUGGGAAAAUACAUGGAUGUGGUGCAUACAGCUGGCAAGUUCCUACGAGACCCUGAAGCCCACGAGAAACUGAUCAAGCUCAGGGAUGAAUUCAUUCCCACCAUCGUCGCAUCGUCCAAUCUGAGAGUCUACACAUCCGUCACUCACUGCGACAUGAAGCUGGGCUACUCCCAGGAGGUGGAGAACCAUUACAUCGAAGGACUGGGCAAACAGUUCUAUGAGGACAUGAUUGAUAUCAUCCAGGCAACAGUGCAGCAGAAUUUUGACACCGAGACAGACUUGCUGUACGAUGAGGUUCUCCAGCACUCGUCUCUCUGUAAAAUGUACUCCACCUUCUAUGAGUAUCGGUGCGAGGCACUAAACAUAGUUCACAAGUACAUUCUGCCAAGCAAGAUAGGACAUGUUAACCCUCUUAUCAUCUACGGAGGGCCUUGCACAGGGAAGACUCUUCUGUUAGCUGAAGUAGCAAAGAAGUCCUAUUCCUGGCUGCAAGAAGAGAUGGGACCAGAUUCUGACCCUGUGGUAGUGAUAAGAUUUUUGGGAUCUACCGAAACAAGUACAGAUCUGAAGAAUAUCCUUCAAAGCAUCUGUGAGCAACUAGCAGUCAACUAUCGUUGCCUUGUACAAAGCUACCCAAAAAAGAUUCAUGACCUUCGGGACUUGUUCAUCAAUCUCUUGAAUGAGUCUUCAUUCCACAGACCGCUGGUAAUAAUCUUUGAUGCCCUAGAACAGCUAACAGAUAGUGAUGAUGGUAGGAAGCUCUGGUGGCUUCCCAUUCACCUUCCCCGUUCCGUGCGGAUCAUUUUGUCAACACUGCCAAACAAGCAUGGGAUCCUGCAAAAACUGAGGUGCCUUAUUCAUGAAGAAGACAACUACAUUGAAUUGACUGCAAGGGACAGAAAGAUGUGUAGCCAAGUACUGAAACAUCAGCUGCUGCGAGUUAAAAGAAAAGUAACAUCAGGGCAACAAAUCUACGUCAAUGAAGCGUUCUCCAAGUGCACACUGCCUAUGUUUGUGAACUUGACCUUCAGAGAAGUCAGGAACUGGAGAUCUCACAAAGAUGUGGAUGAGUCCUCCCUCUGUGUCACUGUCCACGAAAGCAUAGAGCAGCUGUUUUGGUCACUGGAAAAUAAAUGUGGGUCAAGACUGUUGUCAAGAGCACUUGGCUACAUCACUAUGUCCAAAUCUGGCCUGAGCGAAAUGGAGCUCGAAGAUAUUUUAGCCCUUGAUAACAGCGUCAUGUACGAACUAAGGGAGAGCGUCAGGGAAAGUAACCCACUGAGAAUUCCAUAUAUAUACAUUGCAAGGCUGAAGGAGGGUUUGCAGGGCUACUUGAUAGAGCGGCAGGUGAAAAACGUGACACUUCUUCUAUGGGCAAAUAGGCACUUGCAGCUCAUUGCCCAGAAACUGUACCUGCACAAUGAAGAAGACUUACAUGAAAUGCACACAGUCAUGGCAGAGUAUUUUCUUGGGGUUUGGUCAGGUGGACGAAGAAAACCUUUCUACAGCAAUGACCAGUAUCUGAAUGGUUGUCCUGACCGUGACAGUCAAGGCCUGCAUGUGGAUGAAAAGCACUGCAUGGAUCAGAUUGCUUUCGACAGGCAGGUGCCUGAUCAGCCAUGGGUCUUCCAGUGUAAUCCAUUAGAGCCUGACAUCUUUUUCAUCAAUCACAGAAAAAUGACAGAGCUUAUUCAUCACUUGACAAGAUGUGGAAAAACAGAUGAUCUUUUAUAUGGAGUCAUUAUGAACUUCAGCUGGCUGUACACCAUGAUUAGAAUAGGGCAGUUUGAUAAAGCACUUUCUGACAUAGAGCUGGCUUACAGCUACUCUCAAGAAAAGGAGCUGAAGUUUCUGGCCAGUACCCUCCGCAGCAUAAAAUUCAAAGUAGUGAAAUACCCAGGUUCACUCUCUGCUGAGCUGCAGCAGAGGCUUCUCCCAGUUGUAAGUUCACUGCCUAAACUCAGACAUCUCCUCUUAGAAUGUGACAAAGAUGGACCCAAGUACUGCUCUAUAGUCCCUUUGCAUUCCUCCAUGGAUGUGACCUACAGCCCUGAGCGCCUCCCACUCUCGUCCAGCUGCGUGCAUGUCACUGAGAUUCUGCCUACUUUUAAUCCCAGCACUGUUAUCACUGCUUUAGAAAACGGCUCCAUCAGCACUUGGGAUGUAGAGACCCGCCAGUUACUCAGGCAGAUCACAACAGCUCCCUCAGUUAUCUUAGGGAUGAAGCUCACAAGUGAUGAGAAGUACCUUGUAGUGGCCACCACAAACAACACUCUUUUGAUAUAUGAUAACGUAAACUCCUGUCUUUUGUCUGAGGUGGAAAUUAAGGGGUCAAAGCAUUGUGGGAUUGGAGGGGGCUCCAGUUUCAUAAAUGGAUUUACAUUAUCAGUUAACCAUGCGCUGGCUUGGCUGGAAGCCAGCAAAGAUGUUACUGUUAUAGAUAUGAUUUAUGGUUGGCCUCUCUAUCAUUUCCACUGCUGGUACGAGGUGACCUGCGUGCAGUGCUCCCCAGAUGGAGUCUAUGCCUUCUGUGGGCAGUACUUGAACACUGCAACCAUUUUCCACUUGGGCAGUGGAGAGAAGCUGACCACUGUGACCUCUGAAUUUUCUAGUGGAUUUGUGAAAUUCCUUCUCAUUCUGGACACGGCCCAAGAAAUGGUGAUGGUGGACAGUGAGGGUAGCCUCUCUGUUUGGAAUACAGAGGACAUCACGAAUCCCCAGCUUACAGAUGACUUUGACUGCAGGAGAGAAGACAGUGAAGUUGUCAGCAUAGAGCUUUCUGAAGACCAAAGUGCAAUUUUAAUUUGUAAGGCUCUUAGCAUUGAACUUCUUGACACUCAUGUGUGGAAGGUGGCUGAAAAGUUCAGAGCUAAACACAACGAGCGCUUCAUAUCUGCUGUGCUGUCCAAAAAUGGCAACUGUAUAAUUGCUUCAAUGGAAAAUACCUCAGCCAUUUUUGUUUGGAGGAGAGAUACAGGGCAGUGUAUGGCAAGCUUACAGGAAAUCUCAGGAACAAUAGUCAGGCUAAUUAAAUCAAAUCAUCAUAACAUGCUGCUAUCUUUAUCCACCAGUGGUGUCCUUUCGAUUUGGGAUAUAGACAUCAUCACCGCAAUGUCCAAUAUUGACAAAUCUGGCAAGCCUAUCCAGAGACUGGUGUUGCCAGCCAGAGGGGAAUUGAUAUACACCUUGGAUGGGUCAGAUUCUGUCCAUAAGUGGAACUUCAGCACUGGAUUUAUUGAAGCUGUGUUCAAGCAUGAAGGUAUUGUUGAAAACUGCGUGCUGACUUCAUCUGGAGAGAUAAUGGUUACAUCAGAUGAUAAGUGCAGCCAGUACGUGUGGCACACUGUUAGUGGCGAAAAUAUCUUCCGCAUUAACGGACAAAGAAUCUCAGAGCUAAUGAUUACUCAUAACGAUCAAUUUGUGGUCUCCCUCUGUGAGCAGAACGCAUCCAGAGUUUGGCGACUGGCUACAGGACACAGGGUGUGCAAUAUUUUGGUUGCCUUACAGAAUGCAUUUAUAACAACUGCAAAUACGUUCGUGGUCGGAAUGGCAAAGAAUAAGGUGUUGGCAGUGAGUCUCUGGACAGGCAGUAUAACCAAGAAGUUUUGCUGUGAUGAUGGGGCAAGCAUCGUGGAUAUUAAGCUGAUACCAGACUGCCCAGAUAUUAUAGUAUUUAUAACAUCCACUGAAACUGUGAACAUCUGGAGCCUGACAGAGGAAGUCAUCUGCAGACGUGUGCAAUUGCCUACCAACUUCUUAAAAACUCUGGAGGACUUUGAAAUCUCCCCAAAUGGGAAGCUAGGUAUUAUAACCCGUGGUGAUGAGAACAUCAAUGUGCUUGAUCUGUACAGUGGUAAACUUCGUGUGGUUCAUGCUCCAGGUAUCAUCUGGCGGCAGAGGCUGUCCCGGGAUGGCCGCUACCUCGUGUACAUCUGUUUUCGCGGUGAAGAAGACGAUGACAACGGUGCAGUCUCGACUUUAAUAGUAAUGAGGCUAGCAGAUGGCAAAAACAUCGGUGCCUGUUCUCUUUAUAAAACUCCCACUUUUCUUGCACUCUCUCAGAGACAUUUAAAUAUUAUCAUUGGAUUUGAUGACGGAAGUAUAGGUACUUACACUGUAGUGGAUCGGGUUGACGCCGCGCUGAAAAUCAAGAUUGCCACUUCAAACAGCCGCCAGAUUUUCAACAACACAACGCAAGUGAUUAGGCCAAAAUGUCACAAUUACAGCUUCAAAGCAACUGCAGACUGCAUUUGGAGGGAGUCGACUGAGGUAUUUGCAAGGGAUAGCCCCAUUACAGUUACAGAGCCUGAGGUGAGUGAAGCAACCCCAACCAAAAGACACAGCUAUUGCUAUGAGAAGGUGUGUGCAGCCAUAGAUUGCCGAGGACACGGUUUUGCUGCUGACAACUGAGUAACUCUCUGGACUAGCUUGUCUGAAUAAUAGUAUAGAUGUGUAGAUUUGUCUUCUGAAUUCACAUAAAAAUCAGUGUGUUUCUUGGAAGAGAGAUGGGAACAGCAGAGGGCAGACCAGAUGGUUUUUCCUCCACAAAUAUCCUUACAGAGGAUAUUUGCAGGGUUGUUUUUUGUUAAAUAUCAGAAUACAAGGUUCAGUCCAGGAUUUCACCAGGGCCUUGAUUAAAAAUUCUAGCAAUACUAUCAAAAUUCUUAGGUGAUCUUAUCUGGGAUUGACAAACUCUUUUAACUAGAAGUAAAGCUCCACGUGAUGGGUGAGAAGAGUCAGACCACUAUUUUAUAUUCCAAGUCGCCUAGAUGGCUCUAUAGCUAACAACCAACUUUAUACCCACUUGCAAAAACACGUUUUCCUGCUUGAUGGUGCAAUGACAAGAUGUCACCUGCCAACCUGGAACACUUGAUACAUUCCAUCAUUUAAAAAUAGCUACUUUUUUGUUGCUGUUGAUUUUUUUUUUUCCUUAACCAGGAUUAAUCUUUGAGUUGAAAGGAAUAGGUACCAGUCAGCUGCAAAAAACAAACAAACCAUGAGCUGCUAAGUAUUUGCUCACCUCAAUGAAUGGACUGAAAGAGUUUGUUUGUUUGUUUGUUUGUUUGUUUUUAACUGCAUGCGGGGAUUUCAGGUUUCUGUAUUGUGAUAAAAAUGAUAAAAACCUAGGUCAUAAAAGGAAUGUAGGUUUUGGGGGGUUGUUUUUUGGUCUGGGGGAAUUUUUUGUCUUCACGGUGUGUAUUAGUACAGGUCAUAAUGAAAAAAAAAAGGUGUUAAGGAUGAGCAGUUUAAACACCUUCACUUCUUUAUGUUUAAAGGUUGCUAUCCAUUUUGUGGUAAGAAAAUCUAAAGUAUCUCCUGUGUCCCCAAAGUAAUCUUAACAGAAAGUUUUCAGAAAUGCCAUGUGUUAAUCUUGAUAACAUUUGCCUUACUGUCAUUUCUGUUCUUUCCCAUGCUAAAUACAGAUCAGAUGACCAAACACUCUGGGACUGCUUGUACAUGCGCUGAAAUGCUCCGCUAAACAUAAAGGCUGUCCAAAGGUUCUUUACUGGUCCAGUUUCUAAUGGUUCUUUCUUACUUACGAGCUUCACUUUCUGCUUUAGAACUGUUCUGAGCCUUUUGUACACUUUUACCAGUUUCAAGGCAGAAAUUGUGAAAUACUGACAAAUGCUUUUAAUAAGAAAACAACAAUUUGCCCAACUGAAGAAAAUAAAGUAAAAUAAAAACACUGGACAACAUCCAAAGGGAUAAAAAGCUUUUUCCCCUCCUCAAGUUGGCACACUUGUGGAAAUUUCCUCCAAUUAUUUCAACAAAAGGAUUUUAUUUUUUCAAAGCAGAUUUCCAUGCCACAAAUUUCCAAGAAAUGAAUGCUGAGCUAGAACUUGGUGUAGUGUGUGAAUGUUCAAUGUACAAGCCAAUAUAGUAUAUUAAGUGACUUGAAUGAGGUUUUUUUUUCCUAACUUGUUUGCAACUAAUAGAUCAUACUGAAUGUUUUUAUGUAAACUUUGUAUUGUUGGAGAAAAAAAAAAAAAACUGAGACAAAAACAAAAAAACAAAUAACCCUACCCAAUCAGAGAUUUAUAUUUUCAUAAAUGUCAAAUUUAGUUAACUUUUGUUACAGAGUUGUUAAAUUAGAAAUCUAUUGCAGUCUUCGAACAAUAUACAGUCUUGUGUAUGCAUUGUUUGUACUAAUAAACUAAGGAAACAGA